AUGGCUCUCAAGCGCAUUAACAAGGAACUCACUGACCUCGGCCGUGAUCCUCCCUCCUCGUGCUCUGCCGGCCCCAUCGGCGAUGACCUGUUCCACUGGCAAGCGACUAUCAUGGGCCCCGGUGACUCUCCUUACUCCGGCGGCGUCUUCUUCCUUGCUAUUCACUUCCCCACCGACUAUCCCUUCAAGCCCCCGAAGGUCAACUUCACCACCCGCAUCUACCACCCCAACAUCAACUCCAACGGCAGCAUCUGCUUGGACAUCCUGAGGGACCAGUGGAGCCCGGCUUUGACCAUCUCGAAGGUUCUGCUCUCCAUCUGCUCGAUGCUCACAGACCCUAACCCCGACGACCCGCUGGUCCCGGAGAUCGCACACGUGUACAAGACCGACCGCGCCAGGUACGAGGCGACGGCCCGCGAGUGGACUCGAAAGUACGCCAUCUAG